AUGGGCUCCACUGACGAUGGCAGAGUGGCUAUCGUGACUGGUGCUGUGUCCGGUAUCGGCGAAGCUAUCGCAAGACACCUCGUUGGUAGAGGAUGGCGCGUAGCAGCUUUCGACAUCCAAGAUGACCUUGGAAAGACCAUCACCGACGACCUCGGUGCCAGCUUCUACUACAUCCACUGCGAUGUGAGAAGCUACGAAGACCAAGCCGCCGCCUUCCAGAAGACGUUCGACAAGUUCGGCAAAAUCGACGCACUCUGCCACAAUGCUGGCCUGAUUGAUCAGUACUCCGUCUACAGGUUUGAUUAUCGGGGCAAGAAGGGGGUCCCGCCUAAGCCGAAUCUCAACUCGACAGAGACUUGUUACCACGGUCUGAUCUACGGAACACAGCUCGCGGUGCAUUUCAUGAGACAGAACCCGAUCCCUGGCGGCACCAUAGUGGCCACUGGCAGCUCGGUCGGCAUUCACCCCAUAGGGUCGAUGCCAGAGUACUGCGGAGCCAAAGCUGCGAUCAACAACUACGUGCGAGCCACUGCACCGAUCCUGAAACUGAAAGAAAAAAUCCGCAUUAAUUGCGUAAACCCGGGCAUAGUGGCAACACGCAACAUCCCCGAGGUGAUGAGGGUGUCGUUUGAUGGAUAUGUCACUCCUGUCGAAACCAUCGUAGCCGGUUACGACAGGGCGCUAAACGACCAGUCCCUAAACGGCGAGCUACUCGAGUGCUCGCUAGAUCGCAUCCACCUGCUGCCAGUUCCACCAUAUUCCGACGGGGACGUCUUGAAGAAGACGACUAGCGUCUACGAUGGAUUGUUUAUCGCACUGCAUGGAGAACGCUCCGGGCUGCCGGAGGCUGUUCAGUAA